AUGGGAGGCAAGGAGACGGGAAGGAAGGUUGCUUUUGGCCGCUUUGGGGGGAGACUUGGAGGGGUCUACAGCAAUGGCGUCUAACGAUUAUAGUCAGUCAGCAACACAGAGUUAUGGGGUCUACCCAACUCCACCCACACAGGGUUAUUCUCAGCAGACUAGCCAGUCAUAUGGGCAGCAGAGCUAUGGCGGAUAUGGACAGUCAGCAGAUACUUCAGGAUACAGUCAAAGUAGUUACAGCUCUUCUUAUGGACAGACUCAAAGCUCUGGCUAUGGCACUCAGUCAACACCACAGGCCUAUGGCUCAUCAGCAGGAUAUGGCAGCAGCCAAACUUCUCAGACAUCCUAUGGACAGCAGUCAUCGUAUCCCAGCUACUCCCAGAAGCCAGCCAGUUCCACCACUGGAAGUUAUGGCACCAGCUCUCAAACCUCCAGCUAUGGGCUAAAAAUGAUGACUUUACUGAAAAUGUUGUUUCUAUUUCAAAACUUACAAAUAAUUAAGGGACUGAAGGUUUUUGAGAAAUGA